AUGGGUGAAUACUCGAAAGCGCUUGAAUUUAACGAAAAAGCACUUCAAAUUAGAGAAAAAGCUCUGCCUCUGAAUCAUCCCGAUUUGGCUACUUCAUACAACAACAUGGGUCAAGUGUAUAACAACAUAGGUGACUACUCGAAAGCACUUGAAUUUUACGAAAAAUCACUUAAAAUAAGAGAAAAAGCUCUUCCUCCGAAUCAUCCCGAUUUGGCUACUUCAUACAACAACAUCGGUCUUGCGUAUUACGACUUGGGUGACUACUUGAAAGCACUUGAAUUUUACGAAAAAUCACAUAAAAUAAAAGAAAGAGCUCUGCCUCCAAAUCAUCCCAAUUUGGCUACAUCAUACAACAACAUCGGUCUUGCGUAUUACAACUUGGGUGACUACUCGAAAGCACUUGAAUUUUACGAAAAAUCACAUAAAAUCUACGAAAAAGCUCUGCCUCCGAAUCAUCCCAGUUUGGCUACUUCAUACAACAACAUCGGUGGAGUGUAUAACGCAAUGGGUGACUACUCGAAAGCACUUGAAUUUUACGAAAAAUCACAUAAAACAAAAGAAAGAGCUCUGCCUCCGAAUCAUCCCGGUUUGGCUACUUCAUACAACAACAUCGCUGGAGUGUAUAGCAAGAUCGGUAACUACUCGAAAGCACUUGAAUUUUUCGAAAAAGCAUAUCAAAUCUACGAAAAAGCUCUGCCUUCGAAUCAUCCCAAUUUGGCUACUUCAUACAACAACAUCGGUCUUGUAUAUAAAAACAUGGGUGACUACUCGAAAGCGCUUGAGUUUUACGAAAAAGCACAUAAAAUAGAAGAAAGAGCUCUUCCUCCGACUCAUCCCGAUUUGGCUACUUCAUACAACAACAUCGGUCAAGUGUAUAACAACAUGGGUGAAUACUCGAAAGCACUUGAAUUUUACGAAAAAUCACUUAAAAUAAGAGAAAAAGCUCUUCCUCCGAAUCAUCCCGAUUUGAUUACUGCAUACAACAACAUCGGUGGAGUGUAUAACUACACGGGUGACUACUCGAAAGCACUUGAAUUUUACGAAAAAUCACUUCAAAUAAGAGAAAAAGCUCUGCCUCCGAAUCGUCCCGAUUUGGCUAUUUCCUACAACAACAUCGGUCGAGUGUAUAUGAACAUGCGUAACUACUCGAAAGCACUUGAAUUUUACGAAAAAUCACUUAAAAUUGACGAAAAAGCUCUUCCUCCGAAUCAUCCCGAUUUGGCUACUUCAUACAGCAACAUCGGUCUAGUGUAUAUCAACAUGCGUAACUACUCGAAAGCACUUGAAUCUUACGAAAAAUCACAUAAAAUCUACGAAAAAGCUCUGCCUCCGAAUCAUCCCAAUUUGGCUGCAUCAUACAACAAUAUGGGUGAAGUGUAUAACAACAUGGGUGACUACUCGAAAGCACUUGAAUUUUACGAAAAAUCACUUCAAAUAAGAGAAAAAGCUCUGCCUCCGAAUCAUCCCAGUUUGGCUACAUCAUACAACAACAUGGGUCAAGUGUAUAACGCAAUGGGUGAAUACUCGAAAGCACUUGAAUUCUAUGAAAAGUCAUUUAAAAUCUGCGAAAAAGCUCUUCCUCCGAAUCAUUCAAAUUUGGCUACUUCAUACAACAAUAUCGGUCUUGCGUGUUACAACUUGGGUGACUACUCGAAAGCACUUGAAUUUUACGAAAAAGCACAUAAAAUCUACGAAAAAGCUCUUCCUCCAAAUCAUCCCAAUUUGGCUACUUCAUACAACAACAUCGGUCUUGCGUAUUACAACUUGGGUGACUACUCGAAAGCACUUGAAUUUUACGAAAAAUCACAUCAAAUCUACGAAAAGGCUCUGCCUCCGAAUCAUCCCGAUUCGGCUACUUCAUACAACAACAUCGGUCUAGUAUAUGGUAACAUGGGUGACUGCUCAAAAGCACUUGAAUUUUACGAGAAAUCACUUAAAAUCUACGGAAAAGUUCUGCCUCCGAAUCAUUCCUUAUUGGCUACUUCCUACCACAACAUCGGCACGGCAUAUGCCGAUAAAGGUGACUACACGAAAGCACUCUCAUUCUUAGAAAAGGCACUUGUUAUCUUUCAAAAAUCACUUCCUUCUAAUCAUCCUAAUAUUAUAACGGUCACAAAUUCAAUUGACAUUAUUAAAUUAACAGAAAUCCAAGACAAAAAAGCAAUACGUCCAAACAGUCGCUUGAAUUAUGUUUUGGAAAUUGAUGAUAUUGAAAGAAAUGGCUAUAGAUUUACGGAUGGUAUCGGUAAAAUAUCAUGGGGUCUAGCUGGACGUGUUGCUCAAAAAAUGAAUAUUCCAAUAUAUUGCCAGGAAGAUAUUCCAUCAGCAUUUCAAAUACGUGUAGCUGGUUGUAAAGGUAUGGUAGCUAUUGAUCCUGAGUCAACAUUAAAUGAUUAUUAUAUUCAUAUACGUAAAUCUAUGAAUAAAUUUGAUGGUGGAGAUUGGAAUUUAGAGAUAUGCGAAUAUGCUCGACCAUUACCAUUAACAUUAAAUAAUCAAGUGAUUCGACUUUUAAGUGAUUUAGGCAAUCAUGAUGGUGCAUUUAUUGCUCUUCAAUAUCGAAGUUUUACUCAAUGGGGAAAUUCCUGA